AUGAGGACGCCGCUGGGGAGCCUCGGCCGCCCGGCCCUGCUGCUCCUCGCUCUCACGUGCGCCCUGGCCCUUGACGCCCAGCCGCCCAACGCCACCCGGCCGCCGCCGCCAGCAGCAGGAGGCUCCAGCGCCGCUCCGCCCGCGGUGAUCGUGGGGCGAGGCGGGGGGUCCCUGGCUCCUCCCCGGGCAGAAGAGGACCUGAACGAGCUCAGCUCCUGGGCGGCGGCGGCGGCGGCCAACGCCUCCGGGCUCCAGCCCACCUCGCAGCCCCCACAUGACCCCACCCUCGCGGCCACCCGAGCCGGGCCCACCGCCCCGCAGCCCCCCGCUGCUUCUCCUUCUCCGGCAGCCCCUCCCCUGGAAGGACCGACCCCCAGCAUCCCCGCCCACAUCAGCACCGGCAUCCCGGAGACACCGGCGACGCCGCCCCAGGAGGAGGAGGAAGAGGAUCUGGGGGGCCACAGCGGCACAGAUGUUUUCUGUAACUGCAGCUUGGUUGGGAGUACAGGCCUGAACGACUGCAACAUGACGACGGGGCAGUGCAGAUGCCACAAGGGCUACAGCGGCCAGCAGUGUGAUGAAUGCGAGGCCGGCUACUAUCCUGAGCCGAGCAGCGGGCGAUGCCUUGCGUGUGGCUGCCAUUCUGCAGGAGCCGUUUCCUCUUCCUGUGACAACUCCGGAAUAUGUCAAUGUAAAGCUGGAGCGAUGGGUCCGAAAUGUGCCGAAUGUCAAGAAGGGUAUUCCAAGUUCAACAAAAGCGCUUGCGAACCGUGUUGGUGCAAUAACCAUUCCAAGAACUGCCAUCGCGAAACAGGCAUUUGUCUGCACUGUCAGGGAAACACGGAAGGUGCUUAUUGUGAAAAAUGUAAAGACCAGACCUACCGAAAUAGCUCACAUCACCACGAAUGUCUCCGGUGCCCCUGCUCUACGGUGUUUUCCACUGGCAGCUGUCGAAUAAAAUCUGGUCACCACACACCAACCUGUGACAAGUGUAAACCUGGCUACACGGGUGCCCUCUGCACCCAGUGUGACAGCGGCUACUAUAACUCCGACAGCAUCUGCAUAAAAUGUCAGUGCAAUGGGAACGUGGACCCAGCCCGGUCACUGCGAGUCUGCAAGCCGGACACGGGAGAAUGCAUUGGCUGCCUUUACCACACAGCUGGGUUUCAUUGCGAAAUGUGCCGGGAAGGCUACUUCAGAAAUCCUGAAGGAGGAAACUGCACCAAGAGGGAAUCCACUUCUGGUCCAGAAGACAGAGGACUCAUCCCUUCAUCUCCAAACAUCACAGUUCCUACUGCUUUUCCAACGACAGCUAUCAACAGCACCUUCACCCAGACUAUGGUGCCGUCUGUUUUCCCCAUCAGCUCCUCUGACAACAGCACCUCCACUUUAGCCGACGUCUCGUGGACGCAGUUCAACAUCAUCAUUCUUACGGUCAUCAUUAUUUUGGUGGUUUUGCUGAUGGGCUUUGUGGGUGCCGUCUACAUGUACCGCGAGUAUCAGAACCGGAAACUGAACGCCCCCUUUUGGACCAUUGAGCUCAAGGAAGACAACAUCAGCUUUAGCAGCUACCAUGACAGCAUUCCCAACGCGGACGUCUCGGGCUUGUUGGAGGAUGAUGGGAAUGAGGUGGCGCCCAACGGUCAGCUGACAUUGACCACUCCUAUGCAUAACUUCAAAGCAUAACACAAACAGAACUGAAAAGGAUUUAUUUUGAAGCCUCUAAGCGGAGCAAAACUAAUACAAUGUUCAGUGGGGAAGUCCCACUCAAUGAUGCCAUUGUGCUGGGCAAAGAAAAUUAAGGUACUUCCCCUGUGUUGGCAUGGCAAAACGUUGUUAACAGCAAAUGAGGGCUGGGCCGCAGAGAUACUAGAGGAGUUUCAGGUAAAGAUUGUAUUGGGUUCAUAAUUUCCCAUCAAAAUGGCAUUAUGGACAUUAACUUGUAUUUAAAAAGGGGGGGGGUGCUUUGAAAUAUAUUUUUGUAUAAAACGACAAUGGAGGCAUACGAAGACGUCAUCUCAUUCUUGAUCAAAAGCGAUGUUCGCUUUGGAACCUAAUUUUUAAACUCCUGUUUUGAGAAGUGGAUAGUGACCUAGUGAACUUGGAGAAGGAUCUUUGAUUUUUUUUUUUUGGAGGGUGGGGGGGGAAGAGAAGUACUUUAUGUCCUGAUAAUUUAACUAUUUAAAACACAAGAAGAAAAGGAAGUCACAUUGAUUUCUUGGAAUGGCUAAAAGCAUCCCAGUGCGCACUCAACACCAAUCACGGAUUUUAGUUCUCUCCUGAUACCCAGUGCAGAAAAGAAAGCCCUUGUUUAUUGAGAAGUGGCCGAGGGCCAUCAGCCUCUUUUCCUUUUCUGCAACCUUCCUCCCAAGGUGAUGACGCUAUUUAAAAUGGAAGGAUCCCUUUUUUUGUUAGCUUUAAUGAACGUGGAUUGAGUUCAAGAAAGUGAGACAUUGCAGAGGCAGCUUAUGGGUCUCCUAUCCCGAGCAAAAGCAGUUUGUAUACAGAAUGUAACUGGACUCCUAGACAUUGUAUUUGUAACUAUUUGUACAAAAAUAUCACAAGUCGUAUUUUAUUCCUUUAGAUUUUAUCUGUACAGAGGUUCAUGACAUUGUAAAAAAAACAAACACACACAAAAACAACACAAAACCAACGAAAAAGCAAGUAUUGUUUAAAAGAGUUGUAAAUUUAGAUAGCAAUAUGGCUGGAGCUGGGUCUCCAGCAACGGUUCGUUGCUUUUGUUCCUCUUCUGAUGAUACUAAUUACUUUUUGUCUUUAAAUCGAUAAUUUCCCCUG